AUGUCUGACAAGAACGAUCGUAUUCAGAAAUUAAAUGUAGUUGACAGAAGUGGUUUUGUAGGUGAUGUUCAAGAAAUUCAAGUUAAACAAAUUACUCCACCUGAUUUAAGUAUUCCACUGGAGUUGGGUCGUGAUGAGAAUUUUUCUCAAUUUUUGCCUAAACAUCGUAGGAUAGCUGCUCGCCUUAUUGAGAUUCUUAUGGAUAUGCCUAACAGAGAAGACUUCCUUUCUGCCUCUGUUUUCUGUAGGGAGAGACUGAAUCCUUAUCUUUAUAUAUACGCAUUAUCUGUAGCAAUACUGCACAGACCAGAUACACGUGAUGUUGGUUUACCCUCGCUUAUCAGUGUUUUCCCUCAUAAAUUUGUUAAUGGGGAAAUUUUCACAAGAGUAAGGCAGGAGGCAAAUGCUGUCCCACCUGGCUCAAGGGUUCCAAUAGAAAUACCACAGGAUUUCACUGCCUCUGACCUUGAACCUGAGCACCGUGUUGCCUAUUUUCGUGAAGAUAUUGGAAUAAAUUUAUUCCACUGGCACUGGCAUCUUGUGUAUCCAUUUGAAGGACCUCUCAACAUUGUGAAUAAAGAUCGCCGUGGUGAACUUUUCUACUAUCUACAUAAACAACUUGUUGCCAGAUACAAUUUUGAACGACUUAGUAAUCAUCUUGGAAGAGUGAGAAAAUUAAAUAACUGGCAUAAGCCACUAAAAGAGGCUUACUUUCCUAAACUUGACAAUAUGAUAGCAAGUAGAGUCUGGCCAGCUCGACAUGAAUUUGCUAAACUGCAGGAUAUUAACCGUGAACUGGAUCAGCUAUCAUUUGACAUUCAAGACAUGGAACGUUUUAGAGACAGAAUAUUUGAAGCUAUUCAUCGAAAAGGUGCACUCAAUGAAAGGGGAGAAGUUGUGAACUUGACAUCAACAAUUGGUAUUGAUAUAUUAGGUAAUAUGGUGGAAUCAAGUAUACUAUCUGUUAACAGGAAUUUUUAUGGUGACCUUCACAAUCUUGGGCAUUUAGUCAUUGCUUUAUGUCAUGAUCCUGAUGGGAGACACUUGGAAACAUUUGGAGUUAUUGGGGAUCCUGCUACUUCUAUGAGAGAUCCACUAUUUUACAGAUGGCAUGCAUAUAUAGACCACAUUUUUCAGCAACAUAAAGUUCUGUUACCACCCUAUACUGUAGAACAGUUGGACUUCCCUGGUGUUGUUGUUUCUGGUAUGCAGCUGAUGUCAGAAAAUGCAGAAAUAAAUGAAUUUGCAACAUUCUGGCAGAAAAAUGAUGUUGAUCUUUCCAGAGGACUUGAUUUCACUCCACGAGGAUCAGUGUUUGCUCGUUUUACACAUUUACAACAUGCUCCAUAUGUCUUUCUAAUACAAGUGGAUAAUUCUGGACCCACUCGAAUGGGUACUAUGAGAAUAUUUUUGGCUCCAAAAUUUGAUGAGCGCAGAAGACCUAUGCUGUUACGUGAUCAGAGGCACCUCUUCAUAGAGUUGGAUAAGUUCACAGUCCAGUUGAGACCAGGCCGUAAUAUAUUUCAAAGAAGUUCAAACCAGUCUUCUGUCACCAUACCAUUCGAACGUACAUUCCGUAACUUAACCAAUCCUGAUCCAGCAAAUCAAGCUGAAUUCAACUAUUGUGGUUGUGGAUGGCCAGACCACAUGCUUAUUCCAAAAGGCAACACUGAUGGACUUCCAGCAGAUCUGUUUGUGAUGGUAUCUGAUUACACUAUGGACAGGGUAGAACAACCUGCACCAGAAGGCUGCCAACAAGCUCACAGCUAUUGUGGCUUGCGGGACCGACUGUACCCUGACAGGCGUCCAAUGGGAUAUCCCCUGGAUCGUUUACCUCGGGCUGGUGUCAAUACACUUUAUGAGUUUAUUACUCCAAACAUGGGAGUACUUAAUGUGAAGAUCAGAUUUCAAGACAAAAUACUACCUCCAUUUGCAAGACAAUAAUAAAUAAAAGAAAUAUGAAGAAUUUCAGAAACUGGAUUUUAAAAGUACUUGACAAGAUGUAUGAAAGUACCAUUUAUGUGAAUGCCUACUGUUAAUCUAUUUAACAGAAGAUAAUACUUGUAAGACAGUAAUACAGUAAGUAUAUAAUAGGAACAUAUCUGUGCAUAGCACAUCAGAUUUAGGACCUGUUUGGGUCACAUUGUUCUUUUACAUUGGUGUACAAAUAUUCUAAAUCACUCUCCAGUGAUUAAGUGCAUUUUGUGUACCUGAAGAAUAAA